CGGUGCGAAGAUGACAUCAACACCACGGACCCUCACCGACGUCCCUCCGCCGGCAUACUAUCUGGACGAGGAAGCCUCCGCCCGCCAAUGGUUCAAAUCCCACACGAACAACUUCUCCUCCCGCGCAAAAGCCUACCUCAUCUCCCUCUUCCCAGUCCUCCAAUGGAUCUCCCGCUACAACUUCACCUGGGCCCUCGGCGACCUCAUCGCAGGUCUCACUGUCGGUGCGGUCGUCGUACCCCAGGGUAUGUCAUACGCUAAAAUCGCGACCCUCGAUCCGCAGUAUGGGUUGUAUUCGAGUUUCAUUGGAGUUUUCUUGUACUGCUUUUUUGCGACGAGUAAGGAUGUUACGAUUGGGCCUGUUGCCGUGAUGAGUUUGGAGACGGCGAAGGUUAUUGGGGAUGUUAUGGAGCAUACGGAUAAGUACUCCGCUCCCGUUAUUGCUACGGCGUUGGCGUUGUUGUGUGGUGCUAUCUCGCUUGGAAUUGGAUUGUUGCGGUUGGGCUUCAUCAUCGAGUUCAUUCCUGCUCCCGCAGUGGCUGGAUUCAUGACUGGUUCCGCGAUCAACAUUAUCGCUGGUCAAGUUCCGUCUGUCAUGGGUACCUCAAAACUCUUCAACACCCGUGACUCAACCUACAAAGUCAUCAUCAACACCCUCAAACACCUCCCCGACACCAAACACGACGCGAUCUUCGGUCUCAUCUCGCUCUUCUUCCUCUACGCCAUUCGCUUCGCACUUAACUGGGGUUCGGCACGGUACCCCAAGUACAGACGGUGGUGUUUCGGUGGAUUGGUGUUGCGUAACGCCGUUCUCAUUGUCUUCGCAACAUUGAUCUCGUGGCUCAUCUGCAGAAACUACGACGAGAAGGACUUCCCGAUCGCCAUCAUCAAGACCGUCCCCCGUGGUUUCUCCCACGUCGGAUCUCCCUUCAUCGACGCCGAGCUCGCCGGAUACAUCGCACCCAAACUCCCCGUCUCGGUCAUCAUCCUCGUCCUCGAGCACAUCGCUAUCUCGAAAUCCUUCGGACGCGCGAAUGAUUACAAGAUCAACCCUGACCAAGAGUUAAUCGCUAUCGGAGCCUCAAAUAUGAUCGGUACCCUGUUCCAGGCCUACCCUGCAACCGGAUCCUUCUCCCGUUCAGCAAUCAAGUCGAAGUCUGGUGUACGCACCCCUUUGGCUGGUGUCGUGACGGGUGCCGUCGUCGUGAUGGCCCUCUACGCCCUCACCGACGCAUUCUACUGGAUCCCGAACGCAGCCCUCGCAGCGCUCAUCAUCCACGCUGUCGGAGAUUUGAUCGUCUCCCCCAAACAAGCCCUCACAUUCUGGAAGAUCCAGCCACUCGAGUGUCUCAUUUUCUUAGCCGCCGUCAUCGUAUCUAUCUUCUCCACCAUCGAGAACGGUAUCUACACCGCCGUCGGCGCCUCCGUCGCGCUUCUCUUGUUCCGUAUCGCGCGUCCUCGUGGUACCUUCUUGGGCCGUGUCACACUCACCUCCGAUGAUGACGCCAAGUACCAACGUAACGUCUACGUUCCGCUUCGCGAGGACAACACCCCUCAACAUCCAACCCUUAAGGUCGAGCCCCCGCCGCCGGGAGUCCUGAUAUACAGACUGGAAGAGUCCUUCACGUACCCAAAUGCAAGUGUCGUUACUGACCGAAUCGUGGACCACGCUACAAAGUAUACAAAGCGUGGGAAGCCGAACGUGUACGCGCGUAAGGGUGACAGACCGUGGAAUGACCCUGGGCCCAAGAAGGGGGAUAUCCCCUUCGAGGAUGAUAUGCGUGCCGUCCUUCGUGCAGUCUGCCUUGACUUCUCGUCUGUGUCGCAUCUUGAUACGACUGCUGUCCAGGCAUUGGUGGAUACGAGGAAGCAGUUGAGCAAGUAUGCGGAUAGGAGUGUGGAGUUCCAUUUUGCGAAUAUCCUGUCGCCGUGGAUUAAGCGUGCUUUGAUUGCGGCGGGCUUUGGGGACGUGGUCACCCAGAGAAUCAAGGAAGUCGCUUCUGCGGUUCCACAACCCGAUGCCCGCACGGCGCGGGAAGCAGAUGAAGAGGAGAUCAGCCAAAUCGUCGACGUGGGUUCAUCGAGUGGUACAUCCUACUCCCAACUCGGCGAUGGGAGUGUUGUCAUUGUACGAUAUCCGUUUUUCCAUAUUGAUUUGGAUGAUGCGGUGUAUGCAGCGAGUCGGGUGUGAUUCGACUUACCAUGGAUUGAUCAAUAUUGCAUAGACGUGGUCCGUGGAGGACACAAAAGUUUUGGAUACCUUUGGAUACUUGGCAUAUGACGAGAUUAGCAUAGGCCUGAAGGCACAAUACCAUUGCAUUGC